AUGGAAAGAUUUCUUCUGGUGAUUAAUUUUUCCGUAUCUAUCCGAAUCUGUUGGUCUCUAUCUUAUUCUCUUCAUCUCUCUCUCUCUCUUUCUGAUUUUGUUCAUCGCUUUGUUUUCAUUUUUUUUUUCACUCUCUACAUCCAAUCCUCAUAUUUCUUAUCCCCUCUUUUUUCUCACUCUAUUCAUCUCAAUCGAUCUCUCUUUACUUCUCUGUUCAUGACUCUCCCCCUUUUCCCUUGCAGUCCUCAUUCCUCUCCCCUUUCCCUUGCAGUCCUCAUUCCACUACCCUUUUCCUUUGCAGUCCGUUUUCAUCUCAAUCAAUUUCUGAUUAUGUCACCUGCCUCAUUAUACAUUUCUUUUUUCUUUUCAUGUCACCCUAUCGCCAUCUUUUCCUCAUACCCACUCUUUCCACAUUGUUCAUCUCUCUUUUCUCCCUCUAAUCCUCUGUUCAUGUCUCUCACUCCCUCUCUCUGCUCCUCAGUUCAUGAAACUCUCUCUCUCUUUGCUCCUCUGUUCAUGAUCUUUUCUCUCUGUUCCUCUGUUCAUGACUCUCUCUCUCUCUCUGCUCAUCUAUCUUCGUUUAUGUCUCUCCCUCCCUCUCUUCCUCUCUCUGCACCUCUCUUUAUGUCAUUUCCUCUCUCUCUCUUCUGUUCUCUCUCAUUCUCCUCUCUUCAUGUUUAUGUCUCUCUCCUCCGUUCUUCUCUCUCUCUGUCUCUCAUCUUUCUAUCUCUCUCUCUCUCUCUCUGUACUCAUCUCUCCCUCCCUCUCUCUCUCUACUCCUCUGUUUAUGACCCUCUCUCUCUUUUAUGUCUGUCUCUCUUUCUCUGUUCCUACGUUCAUCUCCUCUCUCUGCUUUUCUCUUCAUGUCUCUCUCUCCUCUCUGUUCCUCUGUUUAUGACCCUCUCUCUGCUUUUCUCUUCAUGUCUCUCUCUCCUCACUGUUCCUCUGUUUAUGACCCUCUCUCUCUGCUCAUGUCCUCUCUCCACUUAUCAUGUCUUUCUAUCCCUCUCCUCUCUCCCUCUCAUUGACCCUCUCUCUCUCUCUCUCUCUGCACACCUCUUGAUGUCUCCCCCUCUCUCUUUCUGCUCCUCUCUUUAUGAGCCUCCUUCUCUCUCUGCUACUCUAUUCUUGGCCCUAUGUCACUCUCCGCCCAUCUCUCUCUUUGCUCAUUUCUCUCUCUCUCUCUCUCUCUCUCUGCUCGUCUUUCGCGAGAAAAACCGAAGGACUGAAGCGAGAUUUUUCUUUUCUUCUUUUUUCUCAUAUUUCUUCUCCUAUAAUAUCCCUCUGGCCAUUUGCUUUCAUAAUUAUAUUUUUUCAUUCAAUUCCUCUCACUUUAUUUCAUUCACUUUCUCCUUUCUGUCCACCUUCUUAUUUCGUUUUUUUUUUCUCUCUCAUUCUUUUUGUUUUACUUUUUUUCUGGUAUUUUCGUUUUCAUUCGUUUUUUUAUUUUUUUUUUGUAUAUUUUAUUUUGUUUUUAUUUUUAAUUUCCAUUUGGCUUGUUUUCAUUCUUUUCCCAUCAUUUUUUUCAUUUCAUUCGUUUUUUCUUUCUUCGCCUCUAUCGUUUUCUUUCAUCUUCCAUUCGUUUCAUCUUCUUUUCUUUCUCUUCACUUUCUUCGCCGUCUUCUUUUUCAUUCGUUUUUCUUUCCUUCCUGUCAUAUUAUGGGUCUUUUUUUUAAUCUUUUCUACCUCUUCACCAUAUUUUUGUCUUUCAUUCGUGUUUUUUUCUUUCUUUCCUGUUACAUUUCCAUUCUAUCGUUUUCUCUUCUCCUACAAUCAUUUUUUUUCCUUUUUCUCUUAUUGCUCACAUUUUCGCCGGGUUUUCCUUUAUCAUUCAAUUUUUUUCCUUUCUGUUCUAUUUUAUUUUUUUUUUUUUUUUUUUGUCUUCCUCUUCACUUUUUCAUUCGUUCUUUCUUUCUGUUAGAUUUUCAAUUCUCUUGUCUCUUUUCAUUCAUCCUUUUUCUUUUUCUUUCUUCUUUCCACUCUUGA